CCCAGAGCCUCGGCGGCGGCGCCCGGCUCGGCAGCGAGGGGGGCGCGGGUGGGGAACAGAGCUGCGGCAGCGCCGGGGCGCCGCGAGAGGAAGGCGGGAGUCGGAGCCGCGCCCCGCUCCGCUCAGUCCCGUUCCGCUCAGCCCCGCUCCGCUGAGCCCAGCUGCGCUGUCGCCGCCGAUAGCCCCGCUGCCAUGGGGUAGGGGCGGCGGAGCGGGGGACGCCGUCAGGCUGUGGCCGCCGGCGGAGCGCGGAGCGGCUCCCCGCGGUGCCGGGGGGUGCGAGGGGCAGGCGCGGGAGGCCGGGCAGGGCAGGAGGCUGCCCCGGUGCGAGAGGCGGCGGCGGAGGCAGGCGGAGAGAUGAUCGCGGAGUUGUUGAGCAGCGCCCUGGGGCUCGCCCUGUACCUCAACACCCUGAGCGCCGACUUCUGCUACGAUGACAGUCGAGCUAUCAAGACAAACCAGGACCUUUUACCCGAGACGCCGUGGAUCCAUAUCUUCUACAAUGACUUUUGGGGGACACUGCUUACUCACAGUGGGAGCCACAAGUCCUACAGACCUCUCUGCACACUUUCCUUCCGCAUUAACCAUGCUGUUGGGGGCAUGGACCCAUGGGGCUACCACCUUGUAAAUGUCCUCUUACAUGCUGCAGUCACUGGCCUUUUCACAAACUUCUCCAGGAUUCUCUUUGGCGAUGGGUACUGGACCUUGAUAGCGGGCCUGCUGUUUGCAUCUCAUCCCAUCCACACGGAAGCCGUAGCAGGGAUUGUAGGGAGGGCAGAUAUUGGAGCCUGCCUCUUCUUUCUGCUUUCCCUCAUGUGUUACGUGAAGCACUGCUCUACCAGAGGUUCCUCACCGAGUACUUGGGGCUGGAUCUUGGGAGCAGGGCUGUGUGCAGGAUGCAGCAUGCUGUGGAAGGAGCAAGGAGUGACCGUUCUGGCCAUUUCAGCCGUGUACGAUAUCUUUGUAUUUCAUCGACUGAAAAUGCAUCAGAUCAUUUCUGCUUUAUACAAGAGGAAGAAUUUGACCCUGUUCUUCAGCAUUGGUUUAUUGACCUCCUGGGGAACUGCACUGCUGGGUGUUCGCUUAUACUGGAUGGGCAACAGGCCCCCAAGUUUUUCUAAUUCUGACAAUCCAGCUGCUGACUCAGACAGUUUUCUCACACGUACCCUGACCUUCUUUUACUUGCCAACCAAGAACCUCUGGCUCUUGCUGUGCCCAGAUACCCUCAGCUUUGACUGGUCUAUGGAUGCUGUGCCUCUUCUAAAAGCAGUCAGCGACUGGAGGAAUCUACACACUGUGGCCUUCUAUGCAGGACUCCUCCUCCUUGCCUACUUUAGCUUGAAGGGCUCCAGCAAUGAGAGAGAAUUCAAUGGGAAAACUGUAAUGAAUGGCAAGCAAAAUGCUAAUGGGCAUAGCUGUCACCCAGAGAUGGAGUACAAGACACUGGAGGUGAAGUCAAGCUUUGCAUCAAAAGAAGAGAAUGGCCUAAAAAAGCAUGAAAUUCAGAAACUGCAGCUUCCUUCAACCGAGAACAUUGUCAUUCUGUCUCUCUCUUUGUUAAUAGUGCCCUUCGUUCCUGCCACAAACCUGUUUUUCUAUGUUGGCUUUGUAAUAGCAGAGCGUGUGCUGUAUGUCCCUAGUAUGGGCUUCUGCCUGCUGGUUACAGUAGGUGUCAGGGCCCUUUAUGUCAAAGCCCAAAAGCGCUUUCUGAAGAACUUGGUUUUCUGUUCUACUGCUGCAUUAAUUGUUUUCUAUGGACUCAAGACUGUUGUCAGGAAUGGGGACUGGCAGAAUGAGGAGAUGCUGUAUAGGUCAGGGAUAAAAGUAAACCCUGCUAAAGCAUGGGGUAACCUUGGAAAUGUUCUCAAGAGCCAGAGCAAGAUUUCUGAAGCUGAAAGCGCCUAUAGAAAUGCCUUGUACUACCGCAGCAACAUGGCUGAUAUGCUUUAUAAUUUAGGAUUACUACUUCAGGAAAACAGCAGGUUUUCAGAAGCAUUGCAUUACUAUAAACUGGCAAUUGGUAGCAGACCCACACUAGCUUCUGCUUAUUUAAAUACUGGUAUCAUCCUGAUGAACCAAGGGAAGACAGAGGAAGCCAGGAGGACUUUUGUGAAGUGUUCAGAGAUCCCUGAUGAAAAUCUGAAAGAUCCUCAUGCUCACAAAAGCUCUGUUACCAGCUGUCUUUAUAACUUAGGAAAACUUUUUCAUGAACAAGGACACUAUGAGGAGGCCCUUACAGUUUACAAAGAAGCAAUACAGAAAAUGCCGAGGCAGUUUGCACCACAGAGCCUAUAUAACAUGAUGGGAGAAGCCUAUAUGAGAAUGAGCCGGCUGCCUGAAGCAGAGCACUGGUACGUGGAGUCACUGCGAUCCAAGAGCGACCACAUCCCAGCCCACCUCACCUAUGGAAAACUGCUGGCUCUGACGGGACGCAAGAGUGAGGCAGAGAAGUACUUUAUGAAGGCUAUUCAGCUGGAUCCUACCAAAGGAAACUGCUACAUGCAUUAUGGUCAGUUCCUCCUAGAAGAAUCCCGCCUGAUAGAAGCAGCUGAAAUGGCAAAAAAAGCAGCUGAACUUGAUAAUACAGAAUUUGAUGUUGUUUUCAAUGCAGCCCAUAUGCUCAGACAAGCCAGUCUUAAUGAAGAGGCUGAGAAAUAUUAUGAAAUGGCAGCAGGAUUAAGACCUAAUGAGGGUAUGGAGGAAAUGGGGAGGAAUUCUGGAAGCCAUAUGAGACAACUGAGUUAUUUCCUGCACAUAUCCAGCUGCCCUGAUGAAUCUUGGAGCCAUUCUCCAUCUGAAUGGCAAACUGAAAGAGGCUGAAGAAAACUACCUCCUUGCUCUUCAACUUAAACCUGAUGAUGUCAUCACCCAGUCCAAUCUUCGCAAAUUGUGGAAUAUCAUGGAGAAACAAGGUUUGAAAACAUCCAAAACAUGAUGUUGAAAACUCUGAACUACUUUUCCUUAAAGUGAUUAAACCCACGAACUUGAACUUCCACAGAGCUGUCAGGUCAGAGAUCUUGCUGGACUUGACUGCAAGGAUCCGAGGUCCUAAUUGCUGCUAGGAGAAGCUGUUCUGCUAGAGAAAUAGAAAAAGGGAGACUUUGAGGGUAUCAUGAAGAACUUGUUACACAGCAAAUAUAUUUGCAACAAUGGCGCGGGAGAGAAGUUGUUUCGGUAUAUUUGAUAAAUAAUUGCAAAUCCCAUAUUGCUUACUUUUGGGUGGGUACUUGAAAUGUAUACUGUCAUAGAAAUGUGAAGGGAAAAUCACACAGUAUACACUAAGCCAUAUGGGAGUUCAAGUGGUAAUAGUAGGUCAAAGUAUUUUGCUGAUACUGUAACUCAUUAAAAUGUGUACUAAAUCCAGUGUGUUUGCAGUUUAUCUUAAUGCUGCUGUGUCUCACUUUUGAACCACUUGCUAGCCAAUUUCACAGCUUAUAUGGCCCCUUUUUUUCAAACCUGUCACAUGAUUAGAUGACAGCAUUGCAAGUUGUUUACUGAGAAUAUGCCUGUUACUUCAGCUUGUUAACUAACAGUGCAGUUUUCUUGAGAUACACAGUCAAAUUUCUGUGAGGUAGACAGAAUGACCAAGGAGCUGUCUUUAUUCUACAUCAGAUGUAGUAUGUAGGCUGGUAAAAAAAAGACCAGAGGUGUGAUUUAGUAAUACAAGAAAGGGGGAUGUUUUCCCUGAUACCAAAUCAGUGUGAUCAGACUCUCAUCUUAGAAAAAAAUAAUUGUUAUUAUAGAAUAAUGUGUUCGACUCUCUUUAUUUUGCUAUCAGAUAAGUCCAACUUUAAAUUGGACUCUACAUAUUAUGUUUUUGCAAUUACUAAUUAAAAUGGGAUUUGAAAAUAUUAGUGGGUAGGCUAAAAUGGGACUUCAUGAGCAACUCAGAGAAAAGGGAAUGUUGUGCAUUGAUGAGGCUAGCAAAUAACUGAAGGGACUCGAUUUGAUCAUGCUUAAAAUAGUGUAGUUUGAGAGGAAUCAGUAAUGGUGGUUGCCAGUUACUUUUCAUAUUGUUGGUGUUUUAAACAAACCUAUUCAGAUUCUAACCAAAUAUUAGCAUUCUGUUUGUAUUCUGACACAUGCUGGCAGCAAAGCUGUCAAAUAUCUAAAUAUGCUUUCGGUGAGGUUCAAUUUAUUUCUGUUUCAGAAUGAUUUAGCCUCAUUACUCUUUUAGUCUUCAGAUCUUAAAUGUAAAAAUAAUUUAUUUUAAAUCGAAGUAUAUGAAGCUUUAGUAAUUCUUUUCCCCAGGCCGUUUGUUAACUGCUUUCUUUUUUUGGAAUAAGUAUUAUUGUUUGUAAGAAAAUUUACCAUUUCAUUUAAUGGCCCUUUGGUAUCUGCUUCAGUAUUCCUUUCAUAAUGAUAGCUAAAAUGUUAAAGUGGUAGAGCACCUUGAACUGAAGCUUCUUCAGGAUCUUCUGAUAAGAACUCUUUAUUACUGAAAAUGGGUUUGGGGUUUUUAGUUUAUGUAUUCUUUUUUAACUGUUGAGCACCAUUCCAAGAAAAAUGUAGAGAAGAACACCUUGCUGUAUUUAUUUAUUUAUUACUUGACUGCAGCAAUGUUACCUGCCACUAACACAACAGUCUCUAAGUGUUGCUAUUUCCUUUAUUUGGUUUUACUCGCAUUUGUUUUGUGGCUAUUGUAUGUACCAAAUGGGAAAGGGAACACUUGAGUUAUACUCUACCUUCUUGGCCAUUCUACCCUUACACUUGGAUUUUAAAUCUGUAUUGAAAUAGAUUGGGGAAUAGCUGUUUCAAAGUCAGUAUAGUAGAAAAACUGUAGCUGUGUGUAUUUCCUUUUCUUUCCUCUUGCUCACAAAAAUAUCCUAAGUUGCUAAGUUUACAACUGGCCCACCAGAAGGGCCAGAGGGGCAAGAUUGUUUGGUUUUGUGGAGUGUGUCAAGUUUUUCUCAAAUAAUGUUCUUGCUGGAAAAGCAAAACUGAAGGAGCAAAAGUUGAAUUUCUACUUGAUCGUUGAAACCAGUGUUAGAGUACAAUGGUAGCUUGAAUUUAUUCUCCUGCUUUACUGACUUUCUGGGAAAAAAUAUAGAAAUAGAUAGUAACUGUAACUGAGCUUGGUAUAGAACUGUGGUGUCCUGCAGCUUUAUUUGCUCAACAGCCAUCAAACUUUGAUGGCUUCUUGGUCUUAAUCAUUCACCAGGUUAUUUGUCUCCUUCAACUUGUACUUAUUCUUGUUUGGUAAUUUUUAUUCAUUGCACAAAAAGGGGGAAGAGGGGAGCACUCCUGUGAUACGGUGUCAUGCUUACAUUGAUAACUGGUUUUGUUUGUUUCUUAAAAAAAAAAAACAACAAAAGAAAAGGAAAAGAAAAAAGGACUACCAUGAAUUUACCAAGAAUGUCCCUGAAUCCAUUUUUUAAUAUAGGUCUGGGCUUGAUAACUUUCUUCUUUUGGGAUAAAUUUAAAACAUGUUUAAAAUAUGUCUCUCUGCUCAGGGAUUUGUGGUGGAUUAUUGCAGACAGUGCUAAAAAAAGAAAAAGAAAAAAAAGAGCACAAGACAAGUUUACUAAAUUAAAAUUUUAUUUUUUGAAAAACUGUUAUUUGUAUAAAUUAUCAGAUUUGUAGGCUUUCCUUUUUGUAGAAAUAAUUGUUUAUGUGCCAGAUAAAAGAAUUUCAAUUUUGUUUUCAAUAAUAAAGCAUUGAUAACUAA